AUGGCGACCGAAGCCAGCCCGCAGGAGUUUAGUCCUCGCGCCGAUCGCAGCAAUGAAGACAGCGAUCAAAACGCGAACGAGUCCGCUGAGCGCGAAGCGUUUGAGUACUGGGGAUAUCUGUUCAAACCUGACAAGACCGGUACCGACAAGCUAAAGUUACUUCUGCAAGGACUGAAGAAUCUUAUGAACGAGAAAUAUGAGCUCGCCGAGCAUCCAGGCCAGCCCGAACCAGACCUCACACCGCACCAGCUCGCGCAUUUCUAUCGCGAUCUCCACGGCAACUACGACCAACUAUUCCUAGGAACGCCGCAUGAGAGCAUCGCUUUCAUCUAUAAAAGUCUCGGGUGUCUGCACUCGCUGCAACCUGCUCACCACACCCGCGCAACCGCAUUCACCGACCCAACAGUACCAGCCCUGAAGACGGAAGGAUGGAUCAUGUGGCAGACUAUUCAGCUGCUGCUGGGACCAGAGGAGCACGCGGGAUUCAUACGAGAGGCAGUACAACAAUGGGACAUUCGCGACCCUACCACUGGUGACCUCUUUCCGAAGAUCCUUCCCAGGCGUUGUUUUCCCGAAAGUCCUGAUAAGCACAUGGUGGCUUGGUAUGAGGGCGUCAGCGAACGGCUACGUCGUGAGGCUGAAGAGGAGGAGCGUCAGAAGCGUAUCGAAGUGACACAUGAUGAUGCGCCGCGCUCUCGUCGCUCGCAGGCACACGAGAGAAAGUCGAGGCAUGACGACGAGGAUGAUGGUGGCUCGGUCGACUCUCGCGCACCGGCAAUCGCGUACUUUGGCAAUCCGCUUUAUCGUCAUAUAGAUGGUCGGCCUAGUAUUGUGCGGCCCAGCUCUCGGAAGCCCGGGCCAAGUCCU